AUGAUUGAGUGGGGAGGUGAGGUUGUGAACUCAGAGCCUGAUGGCCGGCACACCUCCACUCAAAUGGGCAGUGGUCGCUUCCCUGAAGAAGGGUUUGGCAAAUCAAGUUAUUUCAGGAAUAUUCAAGUUGUUGAUUCCUCCAACAAUCUCAAGGCCCCUAAAGGAAUCGGCACCUUCACUGAGCAAUCUAACUGCUAUGAUGUUCAAACUGGCAAUAAUGGGGAUUGGGGCCAUUACUUUUAUUAUGGGGGCCCUGGACGACAUGUCCUGCAAGCCUUGGAAAUGGUGGUUUUCUAUGUGAAUAGAGAGGAGAAUGUCAGUCGAUUACUUUUCAGAUCCAUCAUCCAAGGAAUUGCCAUCAACGCAACUAGUAGGUGGGAGAGUGGAGCCAUGGAAGGCGACCGGCAUGAGAUUGUACUGGCCUGUGCAAUUUCAGGGAUCCUUUUCUCGGUUUUGGGUUUGGCUUCGUGUUCGAUUCUAUGGGCAGUGAAUUGGAGGCCAUGGAGGAUUUAUAGUUGGAUCUUUGCCAGAAAAUGGCCAUAUAUUUUACAAGGUCCUCAGCUGGGCAUACUAUGUCGUUUUCUCUCUCUAUCUGCAUGGGUGAUUGUUGUGUCUCCAGUUCUAAUGCUUAUCAUGUGGGGAAGCUGGUUAAUUGUAAUAUUGCAUCGGGAUAUAAUUGGUCUGGCUGUAAUCAUGGCUGGUACUGCUCUUCUUUUGGCAUUCUAUUCAAUCAUGCUCUGGUGGAGAACACAAUGGCAAAGUUCAAGGGCAGUUGCUAUUCUUCUUCUUCUGGCUGUUGCCCUACUCUGUGCCUACGAACUAUGUGCCGUGUAUGUUACUGCUGGUAAAAAUGCAUCUGAGCGAUAUUCACCCUCUGGUUUCUUUUUUGGUGUAUCAGCAAUUGCUUUGGCAAUUAACAUGCUCUUUAUUUGUCGAAUGGUCUUUAAUGGGAAUGGCUUAGAUGUGGAUGAGUAUGUGCGGAGGGCAUACAAAUUUGCUUAUAGUGAUUGUAUAGAAAUGGGUCCAAUGCCUUGCUCACCAGAGCCACCUGACCCCAAUGAAUUAUACCCUCGGCAAUCCAGUAGGGCUUCACAUCUUGGACUUCUAUACUUUGGCUCGCUUGUGGUUCUGCUUGUGUAUUCCAUUUUAUAUGGUUUGACAGCAACGGAAGCACGCUGGCUUGGAUUUAUUACAUCAGCUGCUGUCAUUAUUCUUGAUUGGAACAUGGGGGCGUGCUUGUAUGGGUUUCAGCUUCUUCAAAGCCGUGUGGUGGCACUUUUUGUUGCAGGCACAUCCCGAGUUUUUCUCAUCUGCUUUGGGGUGCAUUACUGGUACUUGGGCCAUUGCAUUAGUUAUGCUGUUGUAGCAUCUGUGCUGUUAGGUGCUGCUGUUUCUCGUCAUUUGUCAGUCACAAAUCCUUUAGCUGCUAGAAGAGAUGCCUUACAGAGCACAGUGAUUCGUCUUAGAGAGGGUUUUCGCAGAAAGGAACAGAACACUUCAUCUAGCUCUUCUGAAGGUUGUGGCUCAAGUGUAAAACGUAGUAGUAGUGUUGAAGCAGGUCCACUUGGUAAUGUUGUUGCUUCUGGUAACCAGUCAACAAUGCAGUGCACAACUGAUGCAAGUAACUGGAAUAAUGUUCUAUGUCGAAAUACCAGUUCUCAUGAGGGGAUCAAUAGUGAUAAAAGCACAGAGAGUGGAAGGCCGAGUUUAGCACUACGUAGCAGUUCUUGUCGUUCAGUUGUUCAAGAGCCUGAAGCUGGGACAUCUGGGGAUAAAAAUUUUGAUCCGAAUAAUUCCCUGGUGGUUUGCUCUAGCAGUGGUCUUGAAAGCCAAUGCUGUGAGUCUAGUGCAUCAACCUCUGCAAAUCAACAACUUUUAGAUUUGAACCUUGCUCUUGCAUUUCAGGAAAGGUUGAAUGAUCCUAGGAUUACGUCUAUGCUGAAAAAGAGGGCAAGGCAAGGCGAUAGAGAAUUGGCUACCUUACUUCAGGAUAAAGGACUGGAUCCUAAUUUUGCCAUGAUGUUAAAGGAGAAGAACUUGGAUCCCACUAUUCUGGCAUUACUCCAGAGGAGCAGUUUGGAUGCAGAUAGAGAUCAUCGUGACAAUACUGAUAUCACAGUCGAUGCAAAUAGUGUUGACAAUGUUAUGCCCAAUCAAAUUUCUCUAUCAGAAGAACUUAGGCUUCAGGGGCUUGAAAAGUGGCUUCAGCUGUCUAGAUUUGUUCUACAUCACAUAGCAGGUACUCCUGAGCGAGCAUGGGUUCUCUUUAGUUUCAUCUUCAUUGUGGAAACAGCUAUUGUGGCAAUUGUUCGUCCUAAGAUAAUUAAAAUUAUAAAUACCACACAUCAACAGUUUGAGCUUGGCAUUGCAGUAUUUCUAUUAUCUCUUGUUGUUUGCUCAAUUAUGACUUUCCUCCGGUCACUUCAAGUAGAAGAAAUGUCCAUGACAUCAAAACCUCGCAAGUAUGGUGUUAUUGCUUGGCUGCUCAGCACUGGUGUUGGAUUGUUGCUUUCCUUCUUGAGCAAAUCGUCACUGCUUCUAGGAUUAUCCUUGACCGUCCCACUCAUGGUGGCUUGUCUUUCUGUUGCAAUUCCUAUUUGGAUUCACAAUGGCUACCAGUUUUGGGUUCCUCAAGUGCAGUCUGCAGGUCAUGCUGGAAACCAUCGUCCUCCUGGGAUAAAGGAGGGUAUUGUUCUUGUUGUUUCCACGAUAGUAUUUAUUGGAUCUGUGUUAGCUCUGGGUGCAAUUGUGUCUGCAAAGCCUCUAGAUGAGUUAGGAUACAGGGCAUUGACCAGUGGUCAAAAAAGCUUUACUUCUCCUUAUGCAUCACCAGCAUACCUUGGUUGGGUGAUGGCAUCUGCAAUUGCUUUAAUAGUCACGGGUGUGCUACCGAUUAUUUCCUGGUUUGCAACAUAUCGGUUUUCCAUGUCUUCUGCUGUAUGUGUUGGGAUAUUUGCAGUUGUUCUCGUGGCAUUUUGUGGUGCAUCCUAUUUGGAAGUAGUGCAAUCUAGGGAUGACCAGGUUCCAACAAAGGGUGAUUUUCUUGCUGCCCUACUUCCUCUUGUGUGCAUUCCAGCAUUGCUAUCACUUUGCUGUGGAUUGCUUAAAUGGAAAGAUGAUGAUUGGAAGCUUUCUCGAGGUGUAUAUAUAUUUGUUAUUAUUGGUCUUCUGCUGCUGCUUGGUGCAAUAUCUGCUGUUAUAGUUGUAGUUCAGCCAUGGACUAUAGGGGUAGCAUUCCUCUUAAUUCUUCUUCUGAUCGUACUAGCUAUUGGUGUUAUCCAUCACUGGGCUUCAAACAAUUUCUAUUUGACCAGGACACAGAUGCUCUUUGUUUGUUUCCUUGCUUUUCUUUUGGGCUUGGCUGCAUUUCUUGUUGGAUGGUUUGGAGGCAAGCCUUUUGUGGGAGCAUCUGUUGGUUAUUUUUCAUUUCUGUUUCUUCUUGCUGGACGAGCAUUGACUGUCCUUCUGUCUCCACCCAUUGUAGUUUAUUCACCACGAGUGCUGCCUGUUUAUGUUUAUGAUGCCCAUGCAGAUUGUGGAAAGAAUGUCAGUGGUGCUUUUCUCAUGCUUUAUGGGAUUGCUUUGGCAACUGAAGGAUGGGGAGUUGUUGCCAGUUUGAAUAUUUAUCCACCAUUUGCUGGUGCUGCUGUAUCUGCAAUUACUCUUGUUGUGGCCUUUGGGUUUGCUGUUUCUCGUCCAUGCCUGACUCUAAAGAUGAUGGAAGAUGCAGUUCAUUUUCUCAGCAAGGAUACCAUUGUUCAAGCAAUCACUCGAUCUGCCACUAAGACAAGAAAUGCUUUGUCCGGAACUUAUUCUGCUCCUCAGCGGUCUGCUAGUUCAACAGCUCUUUUGGUUGGAGACCCUACUGCUUCACGUGAUAAGGCAGGAAACCUUGUGCUUCCUAGAGAUGAUGUCAUGAAAUUGAGAGAUCGUCUAAGAAACGAGGAAUUAGUAGUAGGAUCUUUCCUCUGCAAGAUGAGAUACAGAACAUUUCGCCGUGAAUCAGCGAGUGGUGUAGAUCACAGAAGGGAAAUGUGUGCACAUGCACGAAUUUUGGCUUUAGAAGAGGCAAUUGAUACUGAAUGGGUGUACAUGUGGGAUAGAUUUGGUGGUUACUUACUUCUUCUGCUUGGCUUGACUGCUCAGGCAGAAAGGGUACAGGAUGAGGUACGCUUGAGGCUUUUUCUUGAUAGCAUAGGUUUCUCUGACCUAAGUGCCAAGAAAAUUAAAAAGUGGAUGCCAGAGGACCGCAGGCAAUUUGAAAUUAUUCAGGAGAGCUAUCUGAGAGAAAAGGAGAUGGAAGAGGAAAUCUUAAUGCAACGACGUGAAGAGGAGGGGAGAGGUAAAGAAAGAAGGAAGGCCCUUUUGGAGAAGGAAGAGCGCAAAUGGAAGGAGAUUGAAGCUUCCCUCAUUUCCACUAUUCCUAAUGCUGGCAGCAGGGAGGCAGCAGCCAUGGCAGCUGCAGUGCGUGCUGUGGGAGGUGAUUCUGUUCUCAGUGAUUCCUUUGCACGGGAAAGGGUUUCGAGCAUCGCACGUAGGAUACGCACAGCUCAAUUAGCUCGCCGAGCACUGCAGACUGGAGUUACAGGCUCUGUAUGUGUUCUUGACGAUGAACCAACCACAAGUGGCAGGCACUGUGGUGAGAUCGAUCCCAGUGUAUGUCAAAGUCGAAAGGUCAGCUUUUCCAUUGCAGUAAUGAUCCAACCUGAGUCUGGACCAGUUUGCCUUCUGGGCACUGAAUUUCAGAAGAAAGAAUGCUGGGAAAUUCUGGUGGCUGGUGCUGAGCAAGGUAUUGAGGCUGGACAGGUUGGGCUUAGAUUAAUUACUAAAGGUGAUAGGCAGACAACUGUUGCCAAGGAGUGGAGUAUCAGUGCAACAAGUAUUGCAGAUGGAAGGUGGCAUAUUGUGACAAUGACAGUUGAUGCUGAUUUGGGUGAAGCAACUUGCUAUUUGGAUGGUGGCUUUGAUGGCUUCCAAACUGGGCUACCAUUGUCUGUGGGCAAAAGCAUCUGGGAACAGGGGACAGAAGUUUGGGUUGGUGUUAGGCCACCAAUAGAUGUGGAUGCAUUUGGAAGGUCAGAUAGUGAAGGAGCUGAGUCUAAGAUGCAUAUAAUGGAUGUUUUCUUAUGGGGAAGGUGCUUAACUGAAGAUGAGAUUGCCUCUCUUCACACUGCGAUAGGCUCAACGGAGUUUGGUAUGAUUGACUACCCUGAAGAUAACUGGCAAUGGGCAGAUUCACCCCCCAGAGUUGAUGAGUGGGAUAGUGAUCCUGCAGAUGUAGAUCUUUAUGAUAGGGAUGAUGUAGAUUGGGACGGGCAAUAUUCAAGUGGGAGGAAAAGGAGGUCAGAUCGUGAAGGAGUGGUGAUAGAUGUCGAUUCUUUUGCUAGGAGGUUUAGGAAACCUAGGAUAGAAACCCAGGAAGAAAUUAAUCAACGGAUGCUUUCAGUUGAAUUGGCUGUUAAGGAAGCCUUGUGUGCUAGAGGAGAAGCACAUUUUACCGACCAGGAGUUUCCUCCAAAUGAUCAAUCGUUAUACAUGGAUCCUAUAAAUCCCCCUACCAAGUUGCAGGUUGUCUCUGAGUGGAUGAGGCCGGUGGAAAUAGUCAAGGAAAGCCGUCUGGACUCCCACCCAUGCUUGUUUGCUGGGGCUGCAAAUCCCUCUGAUGUUUGUCAGGGUCGGUUAGGUGAUUGUUGGUUUCUAAGCGCUGUUGCUGUUCUAACAGAGGAGGAGGUAUCACGAAUUUCAGAAGUGAUUAUUACCCCAGAGUAUAACGAGGAAGGAAUUUACACAGUUCGCUUCUGUAUUCAGGAGAGAUGGCAACUGCCUUCUGCUUUAGAUGAUUUUGAUGCCAAUGCUCCCAGACUUUUGGUGGAGCUCUCUCCCUUUGACGGUACUCUGUCAGAAUUUGCCAUUCUAUUCGAUAUAUCUUCCCUGGGCUUCACUCAAGAAUUGGCGAUGCUUUCCCUGGGACUUGGCCCAGGUGGUCAAGGUAAGACUGUUUCCUGUUUGGUUAUGGCUGGUGACUGGGUCCCAGUUGUUGUUGAUGAUUGGAUUCCAUGUGAAUCACCAGGUAAACCUGCAUUUGCUACCAGCCGGAAGGGUCAUGAGCUCUGGGUUUCUAUAUUGGAGAAAGCAUAUGCCAAAUUGCAUGGUUCUUAUGAGGCAUUGGAAGGCGGGCUUGUUCAGGAUGCUCUUGUGGACCUUACUGGAGGUGCUGGUGAGGAGAUUGACAUGAGGAGUGCUCAGGCCCAGAUUGAUCUUGCAAGUGGUAGACUGUGGUCUCAGUUGUUGCGCUUUAAACAAGAAGGCUUUCUACUGGGUGCAGGGAGUCCAUCAGGUUCUGAUGUCCAUAUUUCUUCAAGUGGUAUUGUGCAGGGCCACGCCUACUCUUUGCUGCAGGUAAGAGAGGUGGAUGGCCAUAAGCUUGUUCAAAUUCGAAAUCCAUGGGCUAAUGAAGUUGAGUGGAAUGGACCAUGGUCCGACUCAUCUCCUGAAUGGACUGAUAGGAUGAAGCACAAGUUAAAGCAUGUUCCACAGUCCAAAGAUGGUAUAUUCUGGAUGUCCUGGCAAGACUUUCAAAUCCACUUCCGGUCCAUUUAUGUAUGCCGCGUCUACCCCCCAGAGAUGCGGUAUUCUGUCCAUGGCCAAUGGCGAGGCUACAGUGCUGGUGGAUGCCAAGAUUAUGCUUCCUGGAAUCAAAAUCCACAAUUCCGAUUGAGGGCCACUGGUCCAGAUGCGUCAUUACCGAUUCACGUGUUCAUCACCUUAACUCAGGGUGUGAGUUUCUCUAGAACAGCAGCCGGUUUCAGAAAUUACCAAUCCAGUCAUGAUUCAAUGAUGUUCUACAUUGGAAUGAGGAUUCUGAAAACUCGUGGUCGUCGUGCUUCCUACAAUAUUUACCUCCACGAAUCAGUUGGCGGGACAGAUUAUGUCAAUUCUCGAGAAAUAUCGUGUGAAAUGGUUUUGGAUCCAGAUCCAAAAGGUUACACAAUUGUACCUACAACUAUACAUCCUGGGGAAGAAGCACCAUUUGUUCUGUCUGUUUUCACCAAAGCAUCAGUUACCCUGGAAGCUUUGUAA